CUGAGACACAGCCUUAACCGCGCGGGAGGGAGGGUUUAACCAUUAACCACCAUUAACCAUUAAGGCAGCUGUGCAGAGCCGGUACCGUAGCCUACAUAAGGCGUGCGCACCGGCGUCCACGCCUCAGCCUGAGCGCGUUACCAAGAGGUGGAGGAUACAUCCAGCCAGCCACACGAGUCCCUGUGCCGGAACGGAUCAUCACCGGCUGCUCUCCCUCUGCUCUCUGGACCGCUGACACUGAAAGGUGACUGCCCACUCUGGUUGGAGGUACUUCUCUGCAGCGGGUAAUUCAAUCCUCAUACUGCAGACCUUUAAAUAUCUCCCUUGAAAGCCUGCCAGCAGCCACGUGGUGUAAGGUGAGACAUUUGCAACCCGGUACACCGACCAGUCUCACAUGAACAGUGGAGGAAGAGCAUGACCAGUCUGCACUGCAAUCUGGCCGCUUCAGACCUCUGAUUUGAUUUUUCCUUUAGGUUAUACUGAACUCUAAAGGACUGUUUCCAAGUGACUACAGGGGAUUUCUAGUGAGUCCCCAAGCCUCUUGUUUUCCUCUCUCGUCUGUUUAAAACCAGCAUGCUUUCUUCUUUUUUUUGCCGGCCUACCCUGAGCACCUUGCAGUGAAUGGAGAACAUACUGGUUCUGCUCCCGAAGCACCGACAGGAACACGGGCUCUGCAGACGCACGGCUGCAUGUGCCUCGCUGCAGGUUUUUUCCCACAGAGCAGUUUUCUCCUGGUCUUUAAUAGCGACCCCCACUCCCCGUAAGCCUCUUUAAUGGGAUAAAUCAAUUGGACUGAUCAGGUUCAAAACCAGAUCAGGUGGCCAGUUCCAUUCUGAAUUCCCCGAAACUGUUAGGCCAAGGCAACCUGACCUUUUCUUGUCAAGUCCACUGUCUUCCAAAGGCUUCCGCAUGGUACUUUGGUCGAAAGAACAAGACAAACUCCCCGACAUCGACAUGUCCUCCGGGGCCAUUGAGAUGAAGAAGGAGGGAGGCCCCCUGGACCCGGCCUUCCUCAACUCUAACUGCUCCGUCCACCCGGUGAUCCUCACCAAGGGCCCCGAGGAGGUGACCCCGGGGACCGGGGGCGAGUUCGAGCUCACGGAGGUCACUUCUUUCACGGAGAGGGCCAGUGAGACCAGGGAGGAUGAGGAGAGGUCGGAGAUUGUAGUGGCGAUGGACUGCCGGGCCAACGCCAAAGGUCAGCGGGAGGAGGACGCUCUCCUGGAAAACGCAAGCCAGAGCAACGAGAGCGACGACACCAGCACCGACCAGAGCCCAGAACCGCCGGCGCCCCUCAAGGAGACCUCCUUCUCCAUUGGCCUGCAGGUGGUCUUCCCCUUCCUGCUGGCCGGGUUCGGGACAGUGGCAGCGGGAAUGGUGCUAGACAUCGUCCAGCACUGGACGGUGUUUGUGGACGUGUCGGAGGUGUUCAUCCUGGUUCCAGCACUGCUGGGGCUCAAAGGCAACCUGGAGAUGACGCUGGCCUCUAGACUGUCCACCGCGGCUAAUAUUGGUCAGAUGGACACAGCCAAGGACAUGUGGAAGAUGAUCAUGGGGAACUUGGCCCUCAUCCAGGUCCAGGCCACAGUGGUAGGGUUCCUGGCCUCCAUAGCUGCAGUGAUCUUUGGCUGGAUCCCAGAGGGACACUUCAGGCUGGGCCACGCGGUGCUGCUGUGUGCCUCCAGUGUGGCGACGGCCUUCAUCGCCUCUCUGCUGCUAGGGCUCAUCAUGAUCGGUGUGAUCAUCGCGUCCAGGAAAGUCGGCAUCAACCCUGACAACGUGGCCACGCCCAUUGCUGCUAGCCUGGGAGACCUGAUCACGCUGUCCCUGCUGGCAGGCAUCUCAACAGGAUUGUACUUGGAGCUAGACAAUAACUACGUCAGCCCGCUGGUGUGUGCUGUGUUUGUGGCGUUGUGCCCCCUGUGGGUGCUGAUAGCCAGGAAGAUCCCGUCCACCAGAGAACUCCUCUACUCUGGCUGGGAGCCGGUCAUCAUCGCCAUGGCCAUCAGCAGUGUUGGUGGUCUGAUCCUCGACAAGACUGUCACCAACCCGAACUUUGCCGGCAUGGCUGUCUUCACGCCGGUCAUCAACGGUGUGGGAGGUAACCUGGUCGCGGUUCAGGCCAGUCGAAUCUCCACAUAUCUGCACAUGAAUGGUCUGCCCAUGGGGGAUCCCAACCCCACCCCCCGGAAGUGCCCCACACCCUGCACCUCCUUCUUCAGCUCCUCUGUGAACUCUCGCUCGGCCCGUGUGCUCUUCCUCCUGGUUGCCCCAGGUCACCUCGUCUUCCUCUACACCAUUAACUCCCUGAGGGGGGGGCACACCACCCUGACACCCAUCUUCAUUACCUUCUACCUGGCUGCUGCACUACUACAGGUGAUAAUCCUUCUCUACCUGGCCGACUGGAUGGUCCACUGGAUGUGGGGUCGAGGCAUGGACCCUGACAACUUCUCCAUCCCCUACCUGACCGCCCUGGGUGACCUGCUGGGGACCGGCUUCCUCGCCCUCUGCUUCCACAUGCGCUGGUUCAUCGGAGACAGAGACACUAACGCGGGCAACUGAAUGCAUGCUCAGAUACACGCACACACCACAAAAACAAAACAAAUAAAUAAAUGUACGCUUGCACGCACGGACAGCGACGAAUAUCACCCGUAUGCCUGAACAUUAUCUGAACGUGGACAUCGUCUACGAUAAAAGGGCUAAUCUCCUGUUGGGCUCUGACUGUUGGUACAGUGCACUUGUAGGGAAGUAGCGUUCAUCUUCAGGAUAUCAGGACACUGAUGCUCCACAGCAGCAGCCCAGAAUCCAGACAGUAUCUGUGUUUCACAUCAGAAACACGCUCAUCUCCACCUCAGCCAUUACAUAAACUCCACCUGACUGAUCCAGCCCCACAGACUGCGCUACUUCUUUACUCUGCUUAAUAACUCAGUCCUACUACUUGUGCUAUACUACACUAUUGACAAAGAUUAUUAUCUUUGUUCAAUAAUUGGUUUGAUAUGAAUCAAUAUCUCCCCCACAUGCAGGGCCUAUUCUCAUUAUUUUCAAUGGGGACGUUAGCCCUCCUGUUUUUAAAGAUCAAGUUCUAACACUUUAAACCAAGACAACAAAAGACAGCAAAAAAUAAAUCCAAGCAAGCAGAGAAUGCUUAAUCACCAAGUGCUACGUCAUAUAUACUGAAUGAAUAUUAUAUGAAAUGCAAAUCGAAUGUUUCAUCUCUGAUUUAGCAGAGUGCAUAGGGCUAGCUGGUCUCUCUGUUUGACUUUGGCCUCGUGACAGUAGGGACCAGGGUUGGGGAGUUUUACCACAGGGGACUGGACCGCAAACGUAACAAGCUAAAUCCCUUUUGGUGUUGCUCCCAUCAGCGGAUGGCUUCCUUUGACUGCUUUGAGUGAGCAGCAACAGGAUUGUGUUUCCAGCUCUUACUUCCCCUCAUUUCUGGGCUCGAGAACUAAGGAUAUCAGAUCUGAGGUCUGAGCACAGUCCAACAAAUGCCUACGUCAGCCACUACCAGAACGGAUUUAACUUUGAUUUUGUUAGCAGUUGAGAUUAAUUAAUGCCUAUUUAAAAGUUUAGGUUAAUUAAACUUGUGUGUUCCUUCACACAAUAGUCUGUCUUCUAUUCCUCAGAGGUUACUUCCUUUUUUGGGCCAAAUCUACUAAAAACUGCCAUUAUGCAAUGUCCUGAGUAAGAUUCUUCUUUGUUUGAGCAAACACACAGAAACAGUGGGAAAUAGUAAGUGGAAAAUGGCAGCACAACUGUCAGUUAGGACUGUGUGGGUUCACCUGACACACAAAACACACCUCACUGUUUGUUGCAGCUCACGAUGGGUUUUUUAUUGUGGAUGCCAAGAGGUUAGAGAGGUCUUAUUUUGGUCCAGGUGAGCAUAGCACCAGUCCCCCCUGUCUGAAAGCAUCUGCCAACUCUGUACUGGAGCAGGCCAGUUGUUGUUGUUGUUGUGUUACCCAAGUCAGGCUUACAGUAAGUGACAAGAGGCUCGCCAUGCUGCAGCAUCCAGCUGGACGGCACUGCGUUCACACGUGGUGCAGAGUGUGGAGGUGGGCUAGUUGCUUUAGCCAGGAUGUGCUCGCUCGGUUUCAGCUGCUUUCAGCACAGUCUGAUGCCACAUAAAGGUACUGAUUGCUGAUAUUUUGUGUGGAUAUUUUGUUAUCUUUAGAUCUGUCUCUUGACAAUUUCGAUUCCCGCAAAGCAUUUUGAUGUCGGAGCACUGAAUCGAUGAAAGACAGACCAACGAAGUUGUUUGAGGUUGGCAGUUGGGUCACAGUGGCUACAGGAAAUUGUGGCAAACUUUUUUUUCAACUGUUUCAGUGUUGGCACUGGCUUUCAUGCUGUCGCCUUGAGAUUCAGACUCGCCUAAAGCUGUCAGAGGGUCCAGUCACACCAGCAUACAAAACAACAGAAUCACUUCACUCCAAUGGAAUUACUGCAAUCAGGAGUUUUUAUCUGCUUUUAAUUAUUCCUCCCCUGUCCGAGUAUAAACUGCUCCACAGGGGAGGAGUGAUGUGUUGACUGUUAUGAGACAGGAAAUGAACUGUGUGAACUCAUAGUCAAUCAGGAACCAAAAGUUAGCAAGUGUCCUUAGCUUAGACAGCUUUUAUACCCCUUCAGUAACUUUUUACUGAAUGAAAUGUUGGAAGGGGGACACAGGACAUGGACAAUGGAAAGGAAACUUGGAGAGCUACUGUAACGGAGCAGUUUGUGGUGUGAGUGUACACUGAGGAAGAUUUCAUUGCAGUUUUAAUUUUUUUUUAGUCGGUUAGAGUCAAAUUCUGUAAAAGAAAAACUUGUUUUCUUCUCGUCACUUAUAAAAAUGAUAGAAUAACUAAUAAUCUCUCUGGUCAGGAAGACCCUGACCUUUUGAUAAGACAAUGACAGGACGAUGUGUAAUCCCAGAGCAAUACCUUAGUCGCACGUCAGUUUAGUGCACGCACACACACAAACACACACACACACACACACACACACACACACACAGAAACAAGCUGUGUGACUCUUUCUUUGAGGGCUUACAGGUGAGGAGGAGAAUGCAAAAGGAAGUCGUGAGCCAUUUUGACAGACUGUACCAAGUACAGACACUGGCCCAGAGGAAAAGCCCAGUGUCUUAGAAGAAACUUGCAUGUGAUGCUUGAUCCAUCUGGCGCUUGUCAGACUGUGUUGUUUCGAAGGGGCCAGCAGAAUGCAUGUGCAGGGCACAUAGUGUGAAUGUGCAAAACUUGAUUAUUUUAUCUGUUCUUUUCUUCUUCUUCCUCUUUUUGUCUGACUUGAUUUUUAAUUGCGUUCAAAUUGUGAUUUUUUUUCUAUUCCUUUCCUCCUCACCCUAAUCUUUUUAACUCUUCACGAUUAUUGUUUUGUGUCCUGAAUUUCAUAAGACAAACAACCACUGUAAAGAUGAAGCAACUUCUCCACGCUGGUCAAAUGCACAAAAGUACUGUAAUAUGCAAAACGGACACCAGAGGGCACCGCAGGGAUUCUCUUAACUGUACACCUUCUCAGUGCAUCUCUGUGUCCUCUGGAUUGAAACCCACACACACUGACCCGCAGUGACAUUUGCUCUGUCUUCUUUUCUACAGCGUUUGACUUGUUGUAAAAGUUGCGUCCUUCCAUCUGUUCACUUUCAGUCUGUAUCCUCCACUCUUACUGAGCAGGUGCCAGCGUUCUGCCUCUGUGUCAAUGGAAAGUUGUGAAUACUUCUAUAAGGGGGCAAGUAAUGCUUUGUCUAUUUAUUUUUAGAAGCACACAAAGCAAAUUGUACAUACUAUAUUUAUUCUAUAUAUAAGGUUGUUUAUUUUGUCAUUUCAUUUUGGCUCAGUUUCGUUGUCACCUUGUUGAUAUCAUUUUUAUCUUCUCUUUUUUUUUUUUCUUUGCAAAAGGCCAGUAGAGCUUUUUGGUGCAUGCCGCAAUAGAAGGGCGGUGAGGCUAAUUCAUAGCACAGUGCCUAAUACCAGUCUUUACACACCUCACACAUAUGUGCAAACACCCCGUCUCAGACAGGGAAAGCAUACUUGUAAGACAUAGAAUGGCCUUAACCUAUCAGAGCCAAGCUCAACUCAGAGUAACCAAUCAGGAGCUAGGUUCGCCACAGAGUAGCGUCUCUUUAAUUAGCUUUGAUUAAUAAAAGAUGUACAGUAAGUUGAUUGUGUGUAAUGUAAUAAUGACUUUAUAUGACGCAGCAAUGGAGAGGAGGGCUGGUAGCAUCAGUUUCAAGUUUUUGGUCACUUGAAUCUGCAAAAACUAGGACUUGGAGACUGAAAAAAACCCACUAGCCUGGCUGCACAGGGCAUCUGAAAAGUCUGGAGUCAAGUUAAGCAGCAACUGGAGUAAAAUUUUAAUUUCAAAUCAGAAAACCAGAGAAAAAACAAGUGCAACAUGCCCAACAUUACCUCUCCCGAUGUGUGUAACAUACCCGGCCUCUAAUACCCUUCAUCCACCUACUGCCUUGUUAACCUCAGUGCUUCAAACCCUGAAGCCCCUGAACUCACAGGGAACCACACUGAUCCUCAGGCUGCCAGCAUCCACAUCAAGAUGGAGCUUUUGAUUCAAACCUCCACCUGUCGCAGUCAGUAAAACGUGUUCAGUCUUCCUGGGGCUGAGAUCUCUGCGUUCUCUGUGUGUUCUUCUUGUAAAAGCCCUCCCUCUGUGAGGCUGGAGGAAGGCCUUCUCCCUGCAGGACUUUGUAAAUUGCUGGAAAUAAAGGACUAUGUU